AUGGAAGCGCAUGACAAAAGUUCUCCCUCUAUCAGAAAUCAGUAUCUUCGAAUAAACUUGGCCGAGCCGUCAGUAUCUCCGGAUGAUAAAAUUAAGGCAGAAGUCAACCAUAACGCUCUUACCAAUGAUGGAUCAAUGUGCAUGAAUAAUGCGCCAUUCUCGACAGAAACUAUAGCGGGACAUUCAUUAAUGGGUCCUGAUCAGCCAUACUAUCCUCAGAACUUUUCGCAAUCGAGUAUCUCUGAUCCGAAUUUUGUACUAGGUGGUAGUUUUCAAUACUUUUACAAUUCGAAAAACCAAAUGCCAUAUUCUCAGCCACUUCAAAACCUGGCUGAUGACCACUUAAAUCCUAAUAUUCAAGGAAAUUUACCAAGCGAUUUUCCCUUAUUUUCUGUGUCUGGAAACCCGAAGCCAUAUGAAUCCUCUCUAUAUUCUGAUGAGACUAUAGAGAGUCGGUCUGUUAGCCUUGCACAGCUUGAGAUGAAUUCCGCCCGGAAUUAUUCAACCACACCGCCAAAUCCUUUCCUGUCAAUGCCAUACUCUCCCUCCUCGGCCCAUCAGUCUCCAAGCCUUGGUCAAUCCCACUUUCAGCAAUCACCCAAGCAUUCCCGACACUCUUCACUUGGCCCUGUAUCUGCUGGAUUUCAUGGGAUCGGCAGCCAUAUGAGGAAUGUAGUAUUGCCUCAAUUUAGGGGGCAUCGUCGAGCCCCUUCUGAAUAUUCUGAUAUAUCGGCUUCCUCCGUGCAACAUUCUCCCAACCCAGCCCAUCACGAUAAUUUUGACCAGCAUCAGUCCCCCAUGCUAACGACCCAGGAUUCAAGCCUAUAUCAGGAAGUUUUAGGUAUUGGUAACUUCUCAUUAUCGGAACCACAAGUCCUCCAGCAUGCACAAAGUCCCCAAAGCUCUUCACGCAGUCCCGUAAUUACACCGCAGCUUGAACAAGGGCAAAUGAGCCAGCAAACAAGAUUUGUAGGUAUUGGAGGUAGUAGUGAGAAAUGUGGAAUAGGUCAAACCCAAAAUAUAUUCUCUCAGGAGCCAUUCCCUUCAUUGAAUCAAGAAAUGGGAAAAGCUAAACAAAUGAUACCUCCUGAAAUAAAUGUUGAAUUUGCCCCUGCUUCUCGUCAGAGUAGUUUUGAGCCAUCAAAGCCUACCCGAUUAAACCAGGAUGCCCUAACACCACCUGAUAAAGGUCUACGUCGAAGAGCAUUUACUGAUACAACAAAUACAAACUCCAACAUAGUUAACCGUGCUCAAAUCCCUCAUAGCGUGCCUCCCCAGACAGACUCUUACUUAAUUGCCAAUUCUCCCAAUUCUCGCUACGCACUCUCACAAAACCAUGGUGCACGGACAAUUUCUCCAAGUCGAGUUCGCCGCCAAUCGACGCCUUCUAUGCCUAAUCGGAAUUAUGUUCUUGGAUUAUCAGACCUUGAAUUGCAGGCUGCUACACCAGAGAGUGGCAAUAACAAACGAGCACAAAAGCAUCCAGCUACAUUUCAGUGCAGUCUCUGCCCAAAAAAAUUUACUCGAGCAUACAAUCUUCGCUCUCACCUCAGAACUCACACUGAUGAACGGCCAUUUAUCUGCACAGUUUGUAGCAAAGCGUUUGCUCGUCAACACGAUCGCAAGCGUCACGAAGGUUUACACUCAGGCGAAAAAAAAUUCAUUUGUAAGGGAGAUCUCAAACAAGGCGGCCAGUGGGGAUGUGGCCGUCGUUUUGCCCGUGCAGAUGCCUUGGGACGACAUUUCCGAUCAGAAGCCGGUCGAAUCUGUAUCAAUCUGCUUUUAGAGGAGGAAUCACAAGAAAGACUGCGGGCAUGGGAUGAACAGCAAAUCCAAAAUUUACAACAAAUGCAGUCACCCGCCUCUAGAGACGUUAGUGGAAACUUCAUGCUCCCAGCAGCUCUACUAGUACAGUAUCCUGCCCUUGCAAACCUGAGCUGGUCAGAAUUACCACAGGGUGAUGUCGGUUUCGAAGACGAUAUUAGUGGUAGGAGUAGCUUUGAUGCGAGCGGCUCCGAGUACUAUGAUGAAGUUGAAGAAGGAGGUUACGUUUCUAGCGGACCAAUCGCCUUGCGCUAUAUUUAA